AUGACCACUUUGGACGAUAAACUUCUUGGUUUCAAGAGCCAGAACUACGUGUCGAGUUCUGAGAGUGAAGGAGAAGAGGAUGAUGGAAAUAUUACUGAAGAAGACAAUAGGGACGAUGUUAUAGACAUUGGUGGCAUUGCUGCACCGCCAGAUUUUCGCCUUGAAGUGCCCAAGGUGGGUCUACAAAUCUUUGAUGAUUUGAUUAAGUGAUAUUUCCUUUUUCCUGAUGUUCGUGAUGUCUUUAAAAAGGUCAUAUGUAGUAUAUUAACGGCGUACCAAGAUGUUGCUAAAAACAUUUCAGUAACCUUCCUGUAACCUUGUCAUGACAAGUUGAUUGCUGUCUUUAACAGUUCAUUCUUCAAUGCUGAAAAACUAUAAUGAUGUGAUUCAGUCUUGUUGUUAUCAUCCCACCCCACCCUUGAGUACCCCCCCCACAUCUUUAAAUAUUGAGAAUCGAUUUAUUGAUGGGGAACUAAGGGAGGGAUAAUGGAUGACGUCAUCAUGCAUGACACAUCACCUCACUUGUCAAAAAAAAUACUUGUUGACUCGGAUCGCCACAAACUUGCGAUGACACAAAACUCGUGAAAAAGGUAUUUUUACUUCCCGCCAAUCAUAUUAUUAUAAAGUUACCAUGGCAUACCAAAGUUUAUAUGAAAACGUUUGAUGUUAACAUUAAAAUAACUCAAACGACGCAAAAUAGCUGAAACUCUUAAGUAUUGUCAGAAAGUUUUCACACUCUAAUCUGGAGACCGGGAGAUAUGGUCCAAAAUCUGGAGUCUCCCAGAUUACCUAGGAGGGUUGACAGCACUGCCUAUAUCUUUAGCCUGGAAUUUACCACAGGUCAAAAGCAGAGAUGCCAACUUUGGAAAUCUUAAAUCUGGUGACUCUCUAUUUUGCACUACUCCGAAUGUCAACAGCCCCACAGACCCCCAACCCCCCUCCCCCAGCCUACAUGUUGACCCAGCCACUGUGGAUUAGGCCAUUAUGUGAAGUCGUACAUGAAGUACAUGCUAUCAAAAUUCACUUUCAUCAUUGUAAUGAUGAAAUAAUCUUUGUCGGUUUCAAAAUACGUGCAAAAAUGUUCUGGAAACUGUACAAUGAAUAAAAGAGUUUGAAUUUUGAGAAAAAAUGGGCUAAAUUUCAAACUAAAGCACAGAAAAGCUCAGAAGUCCAUUUUAUGCAGGAGAUUUGGUGACCCAUAUGCGAGAGUAGGAGAUCAGUUCUGUAUCCAGGAUGCUCCCUAAUAAUCCAGGAGAGAUGGUGUAUCUUGUGAAAGUAAGUCUGGGUCCAAUCAACAGGCAGAGGAGUCCAGCAACCCCUGCACUGUGUCUACCUCAUGGUGUUUUCACAGCUAGCAGUCUACACAAUUUGAGUACUUUUUUCCUUAAAAGUGGAAGUUAUCUGUUCCAUAUGUGAUCAAUACCAGUAGGUUAACAUGUAAAAACUACAAAAUGAUAAUAAUAAUAAUAAUAAUAAUGAUAAUAAUAAUAAUAAUAAGAUUCAUGAAGGGACUACCCCAGGGGGACGCGUUGUGUCCUAGACUGUUUACACUGUGCCUGAACCCUGUAGCGUGGCGCCUGCGGGCAACAGAAGGAUACCGGUUAUCCAAGCCUAUAGGAGUCAAAGUCACCGAUCUCCUGUAUAUCGACGACCUCAAGGUUUUUGCUGCCUCCGAGAGCAAGCUGAACCGAGUGCUGAAAGAGACUAGAGGAGCGAUGCAGGACAUCGGCCUCCACUGGAAUAAAAAAAAGUGUUCAGUGGUACACGUGAAGAGGGGAGCCCAAGUGCUAGACGAGUCUGGAAUGAGAAUGGACGAGACAACUACCAUCACGGCUCUUGGGGAAGGAAAACACUACAAAUUCCUGGGGGUGCUAGAGAACGUUCGACGGGAUGAACGGCUGGCCCUAGCUUGCGUGGCUAAAGAGUAUCUACGCAGGAUAUCUAUUAUAUGGUCCAGCCCCAUGUCUGAUUGUAACUGUGUGCAGGCAACUAAUCAGUAUGCACUCCCCAUCCUGCGGUACCUAAUGUGGACACAGCAUUGGCCUCUAUCAGAGUUAAGAGAUGUGGACAGAGCAGCUCGGAAGAUCAUAGUUGAGAACGGUGGCAAGCACCCAGCUAGCUGUAGCCUGACUUCUUUGUUAUAUCUACCGAGGGAGAAAGUGGGUAAAGGCCUGCGAUCAGUCGAACACGAGUACAAGAUCACUAAAAUCAAAUCGCUACUGAAAUUGUAUCAGAACCGUAUCAGAUGGGAAGAUGAGAGCCUAAGCAUAACCAGCUGCUUUGCAUGGUUAAAAGUUGGGCUACAUGCCCUACACAUACCAUCGCGGGCAUGUAUGAAUUGUAUGAGCAGUUGUUACCUACGAAGCUCUACACAAAGGAGAAGAUGCAAACCUCCACCGACGGCGAAGUUCUAUGCAGGUUAUGUGGGAAGGUAGCUGAGAGCAUUGCACAUGUACUGGCUGGAUGUUCCUCCCUGGCACAAACCAAGUACCUAUACAGGAAUAAUGCAGCUUUGAAGAUUCUGUUUUUGAGCUCCUGCGAGAGCAUGGGUUAAUAGAAGAGGUUCCUCCAUGGUACUCACCGGUGAUGCCAAAGCUAGCCUACCAGAACACGAUGAGUGAGGCGUUUUGGGAUAUUCCCAUCUAUGCAGAGCACAACGAAGUUUUAGAGCAAAUCGGAUCGACGCGCGACUUGUCAGCCACGAGAGGAGAGAAUUCUGCACAAGUGAAAUGAGCUGCCCAUGGACUGAGAGUAGAGCUAAGAAAGAUGAGGAAAAGACACUCAAGUAUGGGCCCAUGAUGUGGGAGCUGAAGCAGAGAUACAAUGGUUACAGGGUUAAACAGUAAAACGUAAUAAUUGACGUACUGGGGGUUACUCUAAACACCUAGAGAAGUCAGUGAGGAAGCUACUUGGAGCGAGAGCACGGAGCGUACUUGAGCGGAUGCAGAAGUCGGUCAUCUCAAACACUUUAAACAUUGCCAGAACAUUUAAGAUAAAUACUUAGUUAGGGCGCUAUGGACUUCAGCUUUUAGGUUUUUGUUUUUUCUCUAGAAAUCUAGAAACACAAGCUUGCUGACGUUUUUACUUAGAUUUUUUAGAACAUUAGAGUUUGAUAUUAUUAUAAAUAAGUUUUUAGUAGAGAUAGGGAAGGUUUUACAGAGUAUCAGAAUUUAAUAAUAUUCUAAAUUGGCUUUUUAAGUAGAGAGAUUUAUAUCACUAUGUAUAAGCUUUUAGUAGAGAUAGCGAAGGUUUUACAGAGUAUCAGAAUUUAAUAAUAUUCUAAAUUGGCUUUUUAAGUAGAGAGAUUCAUAUCACUAUGUAUUUUAGGAUUGUAUUAGGUUUCGUAUCGACCUUUUUUUACUUCUAAGUAUAGCUUCUCAAGUGGUGUAGGUUACGCUAUGCGCCCUAUACUACUCAUAAUGUGGACAGCAUUCCAAAGUUUCAUACUCCGACAUAUAAUAAUAAUAAUAAUUUCAUGAAAUUGCCCAAGGUACCAUUUUCUGCCCUGUGAUUUUUGCUGAUUAGUUUUAAGCUUAUGCUUAAACAAUAGUCUAAAUUUUUUACCAAAUUGUUCCAGAAUAAAUGGGCCUGACUUGUAUUUGAAGGGGUUGUUGACUCUGGGUUAUAAAGGGACAAUAAUUUGUUGGGGAAAGGAACAGUUACAGAAGGUUUGUUUAUAAAGAAAAUUAAGGUUUUAUUGUUUUUAUAUUUUUUUUGCAGACAGGACCCAAAGGUGUCAUUCAGGAUUAUCGUCGCUAUAAACAGCUGGAAACUGAACAGAGGAAAGAGAAAGAAAAAGAAAUGAAAAAGUUGGCUGAAAAAUUUUCAGUUUCUUGCCAGAGUAGUGUAAGUUGGUUUGUUUUUAUUAUUUAAAAUUCAACAAAAUACUUCUGUUUUCCAAAAAAUAAAAAAAAGGAAAGAAAAGGAAGAAAGGGAAAAGCCACAAUAACCUAAACCUGGUUUAGAUUAUGAUGACAAUAAUAAAAUUAGAAAUAUUAUUAUUGCUCAAAACAUCAGUUUUUGCACUUAUUUGUGGUCUUCAGAUUGUUUAUUCUUAUACCUUUUCGUGAAACAAUGAAAAUGGGAUUGAUAGCUUCAUUACCUUAGUUACCUUCAUGAGCCACACAAAUAAACAAAUAAUCUCAGCUGUGUUUCCUGGAGGCUGUCCUUCUGGACCUUUUCUGCUCUUACUUCAUCCACCUGUGACCUUUUCUUUUUUGUUUGUUUGUUCUCAUUUUUGAAAUAUAGCUGGAUGACCAAAGGGAAAAAGAACUUUUGAAAGAACUGGAGCUUGACACAGAUGAGUUUAUUCAACAAUAUCAUCUUCAGAGACUAUUACAACUAAAACAAGAGCAGGAACGGAGACUAAAACUUUCCAGGUUUUUCAUUUAAUCUGUAACUGAGCAAGCUAAAAAUUAUUUUCAUCGUCGAGUUGUUAGACAACUUGAUUGAACAAACCGCUGCCCGUUUAGCUUGGUUGGAUAAGCACUGGUCUGCCAGGUGGGAGGUUAUGGGUUCAAACCCUGGCCGGACCAACACUCAGAGUCUUGAAAUAACGGACUGAGAAUGUGUUGCCUUUAGACAUUCUAGUCUUCUCAGAUAAGGACUAAAAACCAUAGGCCUCAUGUCACACCUCUUUCACUGUUCUGAUUCUUGUGGGACAUAACAGAGCCCACGCUUCUGUUCCUAAAGAAUAGGAGAUGUUGUCCAUGGCCAGUGGUGUGGUACAAAUUUUCAUGGGCUGGGUGGGUAAUGAGAGGGUAAUAUAAAUUGGGACGUUAGUCCUGUUUCAUCCCCUGUCACUGUGUUGAGUCGCGGUGGUGAAUUUCAAAAAAUUAUUUCUUUGGACAUACACAAAAGAAAUUAGACUUUCUCAAAGUCGUUCGCUUGGUUUUCUGGUCUGGUGUGGUAGGAAACUCUUAUGCCUUUCAGUUUUCGACUUGUGAGCAAGUCUAAAAAGAAAUGAACUUCUCCAACAAACUCUUAUGCCUUUCUUUUCAGACCUAAAUUUGGACAAGUACUACCAUUACAAGGUAAACAGCAGUUUCUAGAUGCCGUGGAUAAAGAAGACCCCAAUAUUGUGGUAGUGAUCCAUCUUUAUAGCGAUGAUGUUCAAAGCUGCAGAGCAAUGAAUGGCUGUCUACAGUGCUUAGCUCAACAAUACUCGCUGGUAAGUAAUCAUGCCUUUCAUCAGUAGUUGUUUAUUGUCAAAUCCACUGUUACAAUGUUAGGUUUAUAGUGUCUCACAGCUGUAACAGGAUCUGUUUAUUACCAUUCUUGUUCGCUGGACUUGAAGUAAUAAUGUGUACAUAUUUUAUUUUAUAUCUUGAGCUGAGUUAAGGCAGCAGUUUAUUGCAAAAACAGUGAAAGGGGAAUCCCUUAAAAUGGGGAUUCCUCUAAAAUAUGAACUUAUUAUUUGUUUUAAGGAAAGUUGCAUGUCAUAGGAAACAUCCUUAAGUGGGGAUCUUCAUUUUGCAUUUGACAUUUUUUGUUCAUGGAUCUGCAUCCUAUGGGAAUCCCCCUUUCUAUUUUUUGUUUUAAAACACAAUGCUCUGUGUGCCUACUCAAGUAAUGGAGCCAUCUGAUGUGGGUUUAUUCCACCCAAAAGCAAGCUCCACUGGAAAUGAUGUGGUUAUAAUUUUGUGUCUCUGAACAACUGCACCCUUCUUCUGACUUUAUUGGAAAAAGAAAACUACUGUGAUUGAUUUUGACAACUAACAUGCAUAUGUUUGCUAUAUUGUUAUUUUAGGUAAAAUUCUGUAGGAUUUUUGCUGAUGAUACUGGAAUCAGCAGACAUUUUGUAAGUUCAGUAAUCACAGUAACAACUCUAAACCAACAGGAACUCAUCAAGAGCUUUAUCAGUCUGCUAUGUACAGAGGGCCCAAUAUAGAGCCUUGUUGCAUGCCAAACACAACUCUUUCUUUGUCUGAUCUUCUGUCAUCCACCUGCACAUAAAGAUUGAUACUGACUUGAUAAGUAGUUUAAUAUCAGUAUAAGGAACUCUUAUUUUCAGACAUCUGUAACUUCCCCCUUUGGUGGAAUAAAUUUUUUUGUCUAAGGAAACAACACAAUGGUAAGGUUUUGAACCUGUUAACUUCUCAGCCACCACUCCUCCUUCAAGCAAGGUUAAAACCAUAACAUCUAGACAAUGUUUAUAUAUUCUUAACAGUGCUAAUUUUUCUGUCUCUUUAUUUUGUUUAUUUUCUCUUUGGUGUCAGAGAAAAGAAGGCCUUCCUGCUUUACUUGUUUACAAAGGUGGACAAAUGGUCGGAAACUUUGUCAAACUUGAAGACACAUUUGGUGAAGAUUUUUAUGCUGUUGAUGUAGAAAGCUAUUUAAUUGAGUAAGUAUACCCCAAUUCAAAUUUAGCUGAAGAGUGUUGGCAUGGCAGCACCAUAGCUAGUAACUGCUUGUUGGUGUUGCGGUCACUGCAAUCCCUAAAUCACUUAAUACGAGAGAUUGAAGAAACACUGAAAAGGAACCACAUGAGCACAGGGAAGCGAAACAAGACCAAGAAACACUCCUUUUGACUUAGGUCGUAUUUUUUUUUGUGUAAUCUCUUGACUAAAUAUUUUUUUCAUGUUUACAAUGGCAGGUAGUUUAGUUCUCCUAUGUUAGGUGGCUCAGUUCCCCUAAGUCAAAAGGAGUGUUUCUUGGUCUUGUUUCGCAUUCCUUUAUAGACAUCCUUGUUUGCCUACAGCCCAGCUGUGAUAUCAGUGAGCCACUAACUACUAAGACAAUCGUUUGAAGUUUGAGAAUCUUGCUUCAGAAAAUAUCCAUCCCCCCACGGAGAAUUAAUUAGUUUGACGCGGCCCCACCCCCAACCAAACCCUCUUGAAAUUUCUGUUCAAGUUGUAGCCUACAAAAACAGCAGUCUCUCGGGCCAUACAGAUGACGUUGGUGACCACAUUUUUGUAAAAAAUGGUCUAAUGCUACAUUAACUGUUACAGUCACUCUAAACUUGUAUAUAGAAACUUUAUUUUCUGCAUGAUUGCUGUGCAGUCAAAGUGCAUUACAUUGUGUACAUACUUUCUGGAUAAAGCUUUAAUUUAAUCAAAUAAAUUUUUUGUCAACGAAAUGAAGUGUAGUUAAGAGAUGCCAUUUUACCCUACUUUUCACUAAAAAUUAUAAAGUUUUGAUCUCACAUUCACCUCUACAAUAAAACUGUAUUGACCAGAAUAGAAAAGGCUUUUAGAAAUGCCAAAUACCAAAGUUUCUCCUAAGUUUAAAAUUUAUCGAUGAAUUUUCAUGGUUAUUGAAUAAAAACACCUUUUUAGCGGUGGACAAAAUUUUUAAUGCACCAAAUUGCCAGUGCACAAUCCAUUAUUAUGCAUCAAGGCUUGAUUGUCAUUCUUUGUCAGUCGUGCAUCAUGCCUUUGUCCUUGAGGCACCAUUUAAACACAGUGAAGGCUCCUUUUGAGCAUGAUGAAGGCACCAUUUAAGCGUGAUAACUCAUUUAAGCAUCAAGGAAGAGGCACAAUGAUGUAUGGAAAAUUGUUUGAAAAAGGCUUGAUGAAAGCAGAGUUAAUGUUCAAUAAAGGCACCAUGAAGGCACUAUCUAUGCACGAUCAAUGAACUUCAGGCUCAAUGCACAUUUAUCGGCUUCUUAUGCAUGAUGGCAAAAUUUGAUCUGUUUUGUUAUGGCUGUGAUCACCAACAUGGUGCACUGAGCCCUCCUUGCUCUUAAGUCCCUAGUGGCGAAGGGUGAGAAGAGAUUGAUGGCUGUUUUUGCAGGCUAUUUAGGACAAUACUUUGCUUUUAAAAUUCUGGCCUUACAAGCCUUGCUCCCGCUUGGAAUUUCAAGCAUUGACCUCCCAUUAGGUAGCCAAAGAUGGUUUGUUGAACUGCAUAUUAGAAAUAACCUUUGCAAAGGGAUCCCCCUUUUUUAGGGGAGUGCUUAAUUUUUAUUUAUCAGGUGUUAAUUCUUCACAUAGAAAUCUCUGUACCUACAGGACUUAUUUGUCUGCUUCCUUAGCACUACAUUAAACAAAUAUUGAACAUUUAUAUGUGUGGAAUAACGGGCUACAUCAGUUAGUGCUUUAUAAUUUCCUUACAUUCCUUUACUGUUGAGGUUGGGCUGUUCUUCAGGCAACUUCUCUUAGAUGUCAUUUUCCUACAAGAUGAUUCAGGUUGUUUUUGUUUACAUCAGCUGACAUUGAUAUUUAACUUUUAUUCCUUCUAGGAAUGGCAUUUUAACGGAGGAAUUAGAAUGCCAGCUAACAACAACAGUAGAGCCUAAAAAGGAAGAUGACAGUGAUAGCGAUCUGGAUUUGGAUUAAAGUCAUAAGUUUCUUUAAAACCACUGUGAUCUUGUGAAACAGUACUGUACUCCACAUAGUUUCCUUCUAAAUCGUGCUAGACUUCAGGAGUUUUUUUGGAGUAAUAGAAUAAUGAAACCAAAUCAUUCUGCUUUAAGAGUGAAGGCAUAGCAAAAACAAUAAAGGCCCCAAGUUGCUGCUGAUCUAAAACCGUUUUAAAAGCUAUUGGAGCUUUUAAAUUUCAUGCACCGCACCUAAUUUGAUUUUUAAUGACAUCACUAAUAAUAAUAAAAAAAUAUAAUAAUAUAUCAACUCAUUUUCACUUCUUUUUUGUAAAAAAUAAAAUACGUGUACAAAGUUUUUUUAAGUAGUGAAAUACUAGUCCAUGUACAUUUUUGCUAUUCUUCUUGAUUGUUUCAAUUCAGCCUCAUUAAGAAUGAGUUAAUCUCACAUACUUGGAUUUUAAACAUUUGACAAUACAAAAAAUGCACAAUGCUUAAAUCUGAGCAGUGCGUCAGAAACAAUAAUAGAUAAUUCUUCAAAUCUUCCAUUUUUUGCACAAUCAUUCUUUGAAACGAAUACAUUAUGGUUGUCUUUUUUAGUACCAGAACAAUACACUUUCUUCCAGGCUGCACUUUUUUAAGAUGUAGGUAUUGUCAAAUAUCUGCAGGCAUAUGUAAAAAUGAAGGGAAAUACCAAAAGAAUAAUGUAUUAAUUAUUAUUAUAUUAUUAUAUAUUUAUGAUGUAGUUCUUGACACAAUGAAAUUCAUCAGGUAAAAAUGGUUUCAACAUAGUUUGAUUCUCAAUUUCCUUUGUGUCCCAAUAUUUAAGAAACAAAGAAAAUUGAUA